GGAACGAAAUAGCGUAGUUGAUAGCUGUAUUUUGAGAACUGGUUGUCACUAAAACUGGGUUACUGAUCUACUGCGACGUGGGACAGUGACACCAUGGAGCGGAGGCAAAGAUUGAACGUGGCAAACGGGGUCAUUUCUGGAGUUGUUAUUUUGUGUGGAAUUAUCUAUGCUGCAUUGACGGGUUCUUUCCGCAUCGCCAACUUUUCGACCCAUGUAUGGGGCUAUUGCUUUGCGCAUAUAACUUCUGGGAUUUGUGGGAUCGUUGCUGCUGCGAUCAAAAGAACUGGUCUCUACAUCACCCACCUCGUGUUAAGCAUACUGGCCCUUUGCGUGAUGGCCUACGUCACUUACUUGUUUGCCUUCAGCGCCAUCGGCCUCUGCUUUAGCAGAUGUGAUUGGACGGCCAUUGUCAUUAUGAUCAUCCUCAUCCAUGCCUGCCUGCUCACACUGGCCAAUUGCAUCGUGUCUGGUAUCCUUUCCCAGGAUCCGUCACCCAUACCAACUCAACAAGUGCCCCAAAUUGCUACUGUAGAAAUGAGCAGCACCAGACACGUGACCCCCCAGUAUGUGACACCCCAGGGCACCUACUUGCCACCUGACGGAGCCUACAUGACAUACAUGACACCCGAAGGAGGCUACGUGACACCCUCGGACCCACCUCUGCCACAACACCAUGACCCGCCUACGCCCCAAUACAAUGACGAACCUCCGCCCUAUAGCUAAUACCACGACAUCGUCAAAAACGUUGCUUGCUAGGCAGUGGGGAAGAAUACCUUUUUGUGUAGCCGACUGUUUUUACACUCGGCCAAUAUGACAGUUAUAACCAAAAACUAGCUGCUGUAUUUGUUACCACUCGUUUGUACAGAUGUUAAUGUUUAAAAUUAACAUUAUUUUCAUAGAUACCCUUUUUCUGAUAAACCGUAUUCUGCAAUAUUUAGGGGCGGGGUGGGUAGUGUUUAUCGUUUAAAGUCAUUAACAUUUUGUGCUUUGUAGUGCACUUAAUUCAUAUUAUGUUAACAUAUUCUCACAGUUUUCGUUCAGAUGAUACAUAUAUUGUCUAAUAUAAGAUUAUCGGCAAAGUGACAAUGGAAGACAAAUAGGCACAAGCAGCAAUUUAUGGCUCCAUGCUCUUUUCUUGCUUUAGCUCUAAAGAACUUAAUUAGCCAUUAAGAACUUCCUGAAUCUUGUAUGGAUCCUGUCACUUCCAGUAAUGGAAAGUGUUCCUUCAUUUACUUUAACCAGGAAUUAUCAUCGUCCUAGCUUAGAUACAAACCAUUGUGUACUGGUUUUGGAUCAUGACACUUGCGACUUUGGAGACAGUUCUGAACUUUUAAGAAGGUUGAGGUUCCAUUGCAACCUUGGCAUUUGCACUAACUGAAUGGAUGACAUCACCUCAGGUUUGGACAUACUGAUGAAAGAAGAAUGUGAAGACUUUCAACACGUUGUUCAGUCGUAUUUAACGGCACACGGAAGAUUAUAUUCAGGUUGAAAAGGGAACAGUUCUCUAAACCUCUAUCCUGGCAUGUAUUGCCGGUCCCAAAGAAUGCCGGUUUGGAGGGCUUCCACUGUAUUUAUGGUGCUAGUCAAAAUCUGGAAGUACCGGAAGUCCGGGAAGUUUGGAUUAAUUCAUUACAAAGCAUACUGUCUUAAAUUUAUGAAUAUCACUUGGGAAAAUGAACCUCAAAACAGAAGAACCCUUUGUUCAAACAUUCAGGAAAACAGAAAAUAUCGUGACCUUAGCUGAAAAAAGGUGCAAGGUUCAAUGUGAUUCACAUGAUAUGAAUUCAAAUGUAAGUCUAUCUUAAACAACGAAACAAACGUUUCCAGUGAUCUAUUUUCAAGAAUAUAUGCAAAAAUUACCUUGGACAUUCUUUUGAUUUACAUCAGACCCCCGUCCAUUGAAGUGCAGCUAAUGGGAGCAUUUCAGCUAUUUUAAGGAUGCUUCCUUAUGUCAAACAUAGAACUUAAGUGCUGAGAAUAUCCAAUCUUGACUAUCCUGAGGAACAGAUUCCAUUUGGUGUAAAGGAAGAAUAGAUGUGAAAAUCAAGAUG